AUGAAGGCUGCUGGAUGGAUCGAUGUACUUUUUGAUUUCGGCGUGAGCACCUUCAGCCCGGUUGGUACUCGUAUUUCCAAGGUGUCGCAGUUGGCCGGUCUCACUACCAACCCAUUUUUCCCCAAAGGCAAACGGCACCGUAGUUAUAUCACAUUCUUCAUCCAGGGUAGACCACGUCGCGCAUCCAUGACCCCUGGAACGCCAACUUUGACAUGGUACUCUGACAAAUUCCGCCCUAUCAACUUUCCUUUGCAAAACUAUUGCAUCAAGCAUUCCAAACACUAUGCCACUGAAGACGCCUUCAGAAAGCACACGACAAAGUGCCAUGGAAUGAAGCUUGAAAAAAAGCGUCCAGGUCCGCCAUCAACAGUGUCAGCAAAAAGGCAAAGGCACACAAAAUGGGAGAACUCAAAGAAGUAUGCUCCCACUGACAAGGCCAGAAAGACGAUACAACGACGAGAUGCCGCUGCUUCAAAAAUGUUCAUGGAGCUGCUGGUGAUAGGCGAAUUUAAACGACAACGAGCUUAUUUAAAGCUACUCGAUGCUGUUGAAGUUGCUAUUGAGCGAAUUGAAUUCCAUUGUACAAUCCAAGAGUAUCAAAGCAAGUUCGGAUCCUCCUGGAAAUAUUGCGUCUACUCUUUAUGCGCAGCAGAAGGUCGCACUGUUUUGGAUUCGACAAAGAACCAAUUUUUCGACAACAUUUUUAUGCAAGAAGCAGAGAAGGAGAAGCAGAGAAGGAAUACGAACAGCUCUCUGUGUCCGAGAUCAUGGAUAGCUUUCCGUUGGGUUGGAAACCCUUUUCUGUUGCGCUCAAGCCAUAGCGACGAGAGCAUUAUCAAUCUCGGGACGAUCACCGACGAUGAAGAUGAAGAGAGGGGCCUCUUCAAGAAAAACGUCCCAAGACCCGAUGAAUGGAGGUCCCUUCUCGAAAACGAUUUGGAACCAGUGCUGUUGCGCAUUGAGUCCACCGGUAAUAAAAAACUCAGAGGACGUCGAUACGAAGAAGAAGAAGAAGAUGUAGGCGAGGAAACAGCUCAUAGCAGCUCUGAAGGUGGAAGCGGCCAUAGUAGUGUUAGUGAAGAUGAUCAACAUGAAGUAGAGUACGAAGACUUUUAA